ACCUUCUAAAUCCUUAAAUGGACGCUCUCUCUUCCACAACCCUUUACCAACAACAUUCAUUCAUUCAUUCAUUUUCUCCAACCCAACUCGUUCAACUCAACUCGUUCCGAACAAAAUGAACUCGGACACGCAACCCGCUACGACGUCGUCGUAUUGGUGUUACAGUUGCAACCGCUUCGUUCACCUCCUCGACCACAACGACGUCGUUUGCCCCCACUGCCAAAGCGGCUUCGUCGAAGAGAUCCACGCCGGCCACUCCCCGGCGGUCUCCCUCUUCGCCGACGGCAUCCACGCUUCCCGCCGACAAGGCUUCCGCCGUAGACGCCGCAACGCCGGCAGCCGCUCGCCGUUUAACCCGGUGAUUGUGCUCCGCGGACCCGGCGACGACGCUGCCGGCGCCGACAACGACGGAAGCAGCUUCGAGCUGUUCUAUGAUGAUGGCGACGGCACCGGUCUCCGACCCCUGCCGCCGACCAUGUCAGAGCUUUUGCUUGGCUCGGGAUUUGACCGGUUGCUGGAUCAAUUCUCCCAGAUCGAGAUUAAUGGAUUUGGACGGCCAGAGAAUCCGCCGGCGUCGAAGGCGGCGAUUGAGUCAAUGCCGACGGUGGAGAUCACGGAGGCGGAGGUGCAGGCGGAGACGCACUGUGCUGUGUGCAAAGACGCGUUUGAGAUGGGUUCGGAGGCGCGUGAGAUGCCGUGCAAGCAUCUCUACCAUUCGGAUUGUAUUCUCCCGUGGCUUUCCACGAGGAACUCGUGCCCGGUGUGCCGCCACGAGCUGCCGUCAGAUCAAGGCCAAGGCCAAGGUCAAAUCUCCGGUCAGAUCGACGAAGAAGCGGUGGGGUUGACCAUAUGGAGGUUGCCGGGAGGCGGGUUCGCCGUCGGGAGAUUCUCUGGCGGGAGAAGAGCCGGUGAGAGCCAUUUCCCGGUGGUGUACACGGAGGUGGAUGGCGGCGGCGGUGGUGGUUCUAGUAGAAUCUCGUUUUCAGUGGGAAGCAGCAGAGUUAGGGAGAGUCGUGGGUUUCGCAGAGUUUUUCGCAAUUUCGUGUCUUUCUUUGGGAAUAGGAGUCGUAGCAUUUCGAAUUCGUUGUUCAGUAGAAGCACUCGGAGAAGAAGCACAACUUGGGUCAAUGAAGGUUGAUUUGAUUGAGUUAUUUUUAGAAAGGAAACUAUCAAUUUCUGUUUGAGAUUCAAAUUCUUACUGUAAAUAGCAUAGAAUUGGGUACUUUGUUAGAACAAGGAGGUUUAGUUUUUCCCUGCCCUUGGGGUUUGAGAAAUAUUGAGAUGAAGAUUGUUCUUGCUGUUGAACAUUCAAUUGGGGAAAAGACCAUGCUUAUUCCCUUGCUCAUGUUGUUAAUUAGUUACUUAUUUACUUGAUUUGAUUAAUGUUGAUACAA